UCUCCAGUAGAUCUUUCAGGAGAACCGCAGACAUAUUACCAAAGUGAUUCGUCCUGCCCAUCCACGCCCGAACGCAGCACACUACAGUACGUUCACAGUAGACCGAGAAUAUCACCGCUCCCUACGAAUGAUAACCGAAGCGCUUCCGAACCUGUUUUGAUAUCUAGGCCUCUCGCAGGCCCCCUCCGAUCUCCAAUGUCUUCUUCUGGAGGAUUGGCCGCUGCAUCGCGGGGCAAACCAGGCAAAGGAGCGCCGCGAAACUCCUCUAUGGACUCGGCCAUAUCGGCGAUUUCCACAAAGUCACAGUCGCACAGAGGCGCGGCUGGAAAUCAGUCUGAUCCUACAGACAUUGAGGGAUUGAUCAAGACUGCAGGCAGCCCAGAGGCAGUAAUCCAGUAUCUUUUAAAAGAAAAGAACUCGCAAUCGCAACAGAAUGCGCAAUUAUGGCGCUUAGUCGACAAGCAGAGAGCCAUGAUUCUGGGCCUAAACAAAGACCUGGAACGAGCCUUGAAAGACAAGGAGAAAUAUCGAAAGAAACUCAAAGAAGUUAUGUCAAUACCGGAAUUGACAGGGGCCGACGGAUCGAAAACUAGCAGCAAGGUUCUCAAGAUGCCCGUCAGUCGAGGAAUACCAACCGUCGAUGUCAGCGCUCCCAAGGAGCGACAGGUCAUUGCACCGGAUUCGCCGACUCUCGACUCCGACAGCCAGAAGCACUCUCCCGUGGAUAUGGCCAUGGCUCCCUAUCCGAUCACACCUCCCGCAGACCAGCCCAACGGCCCUCCAUCAGCUGUUGGUGCUUUGUUGGACCCGUCUCACGAGAUGCCCAAAGCACAUGAGCAUGCUUAUGACCAGUACGACCAUGAUGCCGAGGAACAAGCCGCGGAGGCGGCACGAAGGGAGCACGAGGACGAACAAAUCAUGGAUCUUCCCCUGAACUUUGGACUUGCACCAUCCCGGAGCCUACCCAGCCAGCCACCGAGCAUGCCUCCCCCUAAGCCUCCCGUGGUAUCAGAGCCAGCAUCCUCGUCUAGCGAAGGACUUUCACAGUUCCCUGCCCCGCCACCACGGAAACCUCCACCAGCCCCUCUGCAGCUUCAGAGCCAAGCUCAACCAGUCGCUGAGGACGAUGACUCUGACUCCGAUUUCGACGACAUCUUGGAGGUGGACGAAAUCCUCACUGAGCAACGCGGUCGUCGUAGAACGCGCGAGGAAGACGACCAGGAUAGGGAGAUCUUGGCUAUUCAAGAGGCGGAGAGGAGGAGCUUGUCCAAGAAGAGCACCACACAGAGUCAGACGACAUCACCGACUGAGGCUGUUCCCGAGGCCCCAACAGGGUUGCCGCCAAGCCCUCCGAAGAGGAUGCAGCGCGAGAAUGCCCCAGCUUCGUUGGGAUCAGUUCUAAGUGCAAAUACUCUCGAAGCCCCCUUGCUGAGCCCUGGGUUACCAUCGAGCCCGCGUCCGUUUGGCAACCCGUCAUCUGACAGCCCUGCGCCUAGUGUGUCGUCGUUUCCUGCUGCACCUCUGUCGCCACGGCCACCUCGCCAGCCAAUCCCUCUUCCACCGGGUCACUCCCUUCAAACACCAGCAGGCCCGGAGCCUAUUGUUCUCAAAAGCCCUCAGCCUCUGAACAUUAUUAAGAAGGGAUGGGACUCAGCUAGCGACAAGAGUCGUGGCAGUCCCACUGAACGGGGACGCAUCUUCAAGGGUUUCACCACCGAAGAAUACCCUGAUCUACUCCUACCGCCGAACGUCUUGCCGACAAUCAAGGUCAAAGUUGCGUCCUCGCGCAUGAAACCAUCUCGAGCAAGUCUGAUGUCCUUGACCCAACUUGAAGAGGAUCCUGUGUUUACCCUGGCCAUUUUCUCGCGUUCCGAACCUGGCGAGCUUUGGCGGGUUGAGAAGGACUCUGCUUCGCUCGCAAAGCUCGACCAAAGGCUGAAACAGUGCCCGGCCUUCGUUGCAAAGACACCAGAGAGGUCGCUCUUCAGUGGCCAUGCGCCUGCUAAGCUCGACGCGCGGCGAAUUGCCCUCAACCACUACUUGGAAGAGCUUCUAGAGACUCCUCUCGAUACCGCGAGUGCCCUUGAGCUUUGCAAGUAUUUGUCGACCCACACACUACCACCCAAUGCAGAUGACGCCGGCUCAAUGGAGAGCAUGGCGGAAGCCAAGGUCAAGACUGGUCCCGGCGGCCGCCCUUUCAGGACCGGAUAUCUCACCAAGAGAGGUAAGAACUUUGGUGGUUGGAAAGCCCGCUUCUUUGUCCUCGACGGACCGCAUCUGAAGUACUACGAAACGCCUGGAGGCGCUCACCUGGGCACUAUCAAACUUCCAAGCUCUCAGAUCGGCAAACAGUCUCAGAGCAACGAAAACCAGUCACCGCAACCGUCUGCCAACUCGGACGACAUGGACAAUCAGUACCGUCAUGCAUUCCUGAUUCUCGAGCCAAAGAAGAAGGAUUCGAGCAGCCAUGUGAAGCAUGUGCUUUGCGCUGAGAAUGACAGGGAAAGAGACCAGUGGGUUGAUGCCUUGCUUAGAUGGAUUGAUUAUAAGGAUCCGGAAGAAGACGAGGCCCAUGCCGCGAGGCAGCAAGCCCAAGAUCGCCAAAGUGCUACUGCGGCUGAGCGUGCCGAGAAGAAGAAGCAGAGAUACAAGAAAACGGCUUCACAGCACCAUCAUCAGCCUACUGAGUCCGAUAGCCUGAUCGGUGUGAGGUACGACGCAACAUCUCAAGGCGACCUUCCUCACCACGGCGGACCUGCGCGUCCCAGAAAUGCUGGACACAUACCAGAGAACAACCAUCCUGUUGAACCCAUGGGAAUGUCCUCGCAGCCGUCCAUGAUGAUCUCCGCUCCACGGGACAUGCAAGUUAUUGCCGACUCUGCUCAAUGGGGCAAUAGGGCAGGUCUUGGCGUCCCCGUCAACGAAGAGAAGAAACUGAAGAAACGAAGUUUCUUCGGGUUUGGACCCAAGACGAGAUCGUCAUCUGAUGGUCAAGAUUCUCUAUUUGGAGGAAGCGAAGGCGGCUCGUCAACACCGCCUCAGGGCGGAUACCAGGGUCCUAUUCGCCAAGCUUUCGGGGCUCCUUUGGCCGAAGCUGUUCGCUAUAAUCACCCUGUCGAUGUGAACGUGCCUCUUCCCGCCGUCGUGUAUCGAUGCAUUCAAUACUUGGACGCCAAGAACGCGAUUCUGGAGGAAGGCAUUUUCCGUCUGAGCGGCUCAAACGUCGUUAUCAAGCAGCUUCGCGAGCGCUUCAACACUGAAGGCGACGUCAACCUCGUUACCGACGAGACUUACUAUGACAUCCACGCCGUGGCGUCGUUAUUGAAGUUGUAUCUCCGCGAACUUCCAACGACAAUACUCACCCGGGACCUUCACCUUGAGUUCCUUUCCGUGACGGAGAUGACAGACCAAAGAGACAAGAUCGCCGCUGUGUCCGAACUGGUUCAGAGACUGCCCCAAGCAAACGCCACUCUGCUCAAGUAUCUGAUUGCGUUUUUAAUCAAGAUCAUCAACAACGCCGACAUGAACAAGAUGACGGUUCGCAAUGUGGGCAUUGUAUUUUCUCCGACUCUGAACAUUCCGGCACCCGUAUUUGCCUUGCUGUUGCAGAACUACUUUGGUAUCUUCGGCUUGGAACCCGAGCAAUAUGAGCUGCCGUCCUCGUUCGCCGAAGGAGAGACGGGUCGAGAGAGAUCAGGCUCCCUGCCUUCCAUGAAUAACGGGCUUCCGAAUCGGCCUUCACACGAUCCUUCUCAACACGCGCGUCCUUCUACAUCAGCCGGGUCCAGUCAAUCACCGCAUCGUCAGAGACUGAUGGAUGCCAUGACUGGCCAGCAACGUACCGGCAACACUCCCCCUCCUCUGCUACAAGACCUGCAGAGUGCGCGGCAGUCUCCCACACCACCACCAAACUACCCCGUCGGCCGUGGUACAACAUAUGAGCCUCAAUACAUGCCAUCUGGAUAUCAGAAUAACAACUACCAGCAAAUGGCUCGUGGAUACGAUAACGGCUCUUCAGGAUACGAUCAACCACACAAGAGACGCGAAAGUGCCAUAUUUAUGGGCAACAUGGUCGGUCUCAACCCACAAAGCUCCAAGAGCCGAUUGCGAGAAGAAACCCAGUUCUGAGAUGCCGUUCCUUUAUCGGCAUGGUCUCUUCUGUCUUGCUUCCACCCCCUCAUUACGCAAACAUACCCACUCGUUCACACGCAGCGUUGAUACCAUGCCUUGCACAUUUUCUUCACGUUUUAUUUAUUAAUGCCAGCCCCAGGGGCAUGGACGACAUGAUGGCGCCAAUAUACCCGAACAUAUCACACCAAU